GAGCACUCGAUGAACUCGGUGACGGAUCCAUAUUGAAUGUGAAUGAAGAUGAAAGGGUAAGUUAAAGAAUGAGUGAAGCCACUUUGCCGCUUAGUCUUCCAAAUCUUGUUCUCGCUUAUGCGACUGUGCAAGCGCUCAAAGUAUAAGCGCUGGGAUUCGUCUUGUUGGACAAGGCGUCCAUCUCAGUCCAGGACCACCACCACCACUGUACAGGCCUCCGGCCUUGCAGCAUAUUCUCUUGACCCACUUCUUCAUCUCUUUUGUUAGGUUUCUGCCCAUACUACUCAUUACUUCACUAUGGAGGCGCCACAAACUCGUGGACGCGGUCUCAAGGUCAAUGGCGCUACACCGCGGCCACACCCCAGGAAUAAACAAUGGAUAGCCGGUCAAGACAAUACAGGGCAUGGAAGUGAUGGCGAACGUUGGGAGAGAGGAGGGACACUUCGAAGAGGCCGUGGCAGAGGUCGGGGAUCUACUCACGUCUCACCGCGUCUCGUUGCAACUGCUCUUCCUACCGACGACGACGUCGCCUCCGGGACCGACGGAGAGGCUUAUGAAGACAUGGAGACUCUACAGGCUGACAAUGUUGUCAUGAAGGACGAAACGCAGAAUGAAGCUCCCGACGAUCCACAGGCCCGAGAGAGGUUUUGGCAGGAGCUCGUGAAAGCUCGUGAGAUAGAGCGUAGGGCAGCUAUUGCAGAGGGAAAAAUGGACGACCCGUCAGUAUCCAAGCGAUUGGACGAGGCUAUCACUAUGGUUGGGACAUGUAUGGAUAUGUGUCCUCGAUUUGAACGCUACCGGCGAGAGAGGGAGAAUAACCUUGACAAGUGGGAAGUCAUUCCUGGCACCAAACGUGUCGAUCACAAGCGUGCCGUCAAGAUCUACGAGCGUGCCGCUGGAGACAAGACAAUGCCCUCCGAUCUGCGGCCUCCUGAAGUUUUAAAGAAAACUCUCGACUACCUCUUCCAUGACCUCAUCAACAAAGGUUUCUCCGAGACUUAUGGAUUCAUCCGCGAUCGUUCAAGGGCAGUCCGAAGUGACUUCACAAUGCAACACGAAACAGGGCCCCUGGCAAUCGAGUGUCAUGAUCGAUGUGCGAGGUUUCACAUUCUUGCGUUGCACCUUGAACGAGAUAACCCCGGAUUCUCCAUUGAGCUAGAAGAGCAGCAGCUCAUGAAUACCCUCCAGAGCCUCAAGGAGUUCUAUGAAGAUCAGCGGGGUCGUUAUUCUGCACCUACUGAGCUGGAGAUGCGUGUUUAUCAUCGUCUCAUUCACAUUCGCGACCAGAGAGAACGACAUGAAGACAUCCCUGAAGAGAUUACAUCUCACCCAGUGUUCCAGCUCACCACCAAGUUCCGCUUACAUGUCCAAGCGAAAAGUGCUCCAAUCAGCAAGAAAUCACCUCUAAUAGUGGAUGCUGCUGGCAUGCAGAUCUUCGCCGAACUUGCUGCUCACCUUCGAGAGCAAAACAACGUGGUUAUGAUAUACCUUGUUGCGUGUAUCAUGGAGCGUCUUUUCGGCAAGGAUACUAUCGAAGACAUCGAAACUAUCCGGGGAGACCUGACAAUUUCGGAGAUCAUUGAUGGCAUAUCUAGACCACUUGUAACCUCUCCGGAACCCGAAAUGCCUCCCGCGCUCAAUGGUCAAGCUGCCCUGCCGCCACCUACUACUGCACCCGUCACCCGGAGUGCUACUGAAUGGUUGUCUAUCAACUUUGGACCCAAGCCAACAACCUCAACAUUUUUUGCAGCUCCGGAGACAACUCAGCCCAUCAAUGGUUUCGCCUCUACUACGCCUGCGCCUUCGCAACCGGUCCAAUCUGCAUUCUCGAACCUUGGUACGAGUACGAAUGCUUUUGGUCAGGUCACUUCAGUAUUCGGUGGACCGACUUUUGGCACUGAGGCUGCAUCUUCAUUUGGCCCCAACGCUGCGCAGACGUCUGCUUUUGGUUUCGGUACAACGCAGUCCGCUUUCGCGCCAGCCAAGCCGGAACCUCCUCCUAGUCAACCAUCGCAACCUCUUCCACCCAUUUUUUCGUCUCCGUUUCCCCAGGCAACUCCUGCCACCAACGGCGCGAGCCAUCCUGGAGGCAUUUUCAGCGCAGCUCUUACAGCAAGUACCUUCUCAAUCCCUGCUCCACCUAGUGGUCAACCAACACUUUCUACAAAGUACUUAAACCCAUCAGCACCCUCUUUCACGCCGGGUCCUUCCUUCGCGAGUCUUCCAGUGACUGUCUCCCCUUCGCCCCCAGCUCAACAACCCUCCUUAUUAUCCCAAGCCACACCACCUCAAGUAGAUGUCGUCAAACCACAGGUUCCUUCAAGUACUCGCUAUGUGUCCCCUUUCGAGGCACCCUCGAUACCGCCAGCCCCCACUUCGUUCGCUCGUUCACCUCCAAAACUACCUUCCCCAGAGACGAAACCUGCACCGGAGACUCCGGAACCGAAGUUCGUCGAGAGACAACAGACUCUUUGGGACUUUCCGAGCACACCUUCACCCUCAAGAACUCCAGCACCUCCGCAGCUGCGAGUACCCAUACCUACAUCAACACCAGAGUUAACUACCCCUCCUUCCCCUCGAGAACCUCCCCCUGUGAAAGUUCAUCAUAUGGCUUUGCCACCAACACCGACGACUCGCUGGUUUGACCCGACAUCAGGACAGAUCGGUGUCGAUAAUUUUGCUUCUCAGAAAAGGAAGUCUGUUGUCAACCUUCCCCAUCUCCAGAUGCCUCAAAUGGCAGGAAGUCCUACCGAGAUGCUGAGUCCUCUUCAGAUGGCAGCACCGGGGAUGCUGAAGACGCCUAGCCCGUCUCUGCAACCUCGACCUACAGAAGCACUGGCAUCCACUUCACGACUUCCCCCAGGUUCGAUCAAGAAGCCAAAUGGGAUCCCAAGUGUUAAAGGCAAAGAGAGGCAAACAUCAGAGGAUCUACGAGGAAUGGCUGUGAAUUUUGCCCGUCGUAGUCCGCUCAUAAAGCAUUCCUUCGAACGAUGGAUGCAAAAAACGAUGGAUCGACUUGCUUAUGCAGAAGCACUGCGGCGGAGCGAGGCCUACAAGGAACGUCUUCAGCGAGAACGACUAUCGUCUAGCAUGGGGAGUACGUCUGGGCGUGGCAGGCGAACUUCGCCACCGAAAAGAAGAAUGUCAGUCGAUGGAUUUACGGAGAUGAUUCAGAGUAUGAGGAAGAAACGACGGAUCUCCACUGAGUCUCACGCGCCAUUGAAUGACGAGCUGCUGGCUCAGCGUCUGCAGGAAACUCAGGAAGAGCAUCAAAAGCGCUGGGCGCAAGGUUCAUUCCUCCAUGCCAUUCGCUCACAUGUCGCAAACGUCUCUCCGGAUUCUCAAGUGCUAUCAGGGAUGGACAUCUGGUUAGCUCUUAAUACCGGAAACGAUAGCACCGCUAUCUGGCUAGAGCAGAAGUUCGCAGUCCCUAUAUCAGGACGAUUUCUUUCGGAGAAUGUCUUCUCUAUUCCAGUCGUUCCCAACUCUCUGUCAACCUCGUCUUCUCCAGUGCUCAUUGUAUUCGAGCGGACACCUGCAAGUGACGUAGACGAUCCUCUUGAGCGCAAAUACCGCGUCAUCGAUGACUGUGCACGAUUACGGGAUGUCAUGCAAGGUCUGCACAAUAGCGAUAUGCGGUUCAGACCAACCCUCCUUAUAAUUCAAUGGUCGGAUGGAGUGGAUUCGGACGAGGCCUCUGAUUUUACUGAAAUGGUGAAGGAACUACGCAAUGAGUCGAUACUGGAAGGUUUCCACACAUUCUCGAUAUCCGCUGAGGACAAAGAUUUGGAUGAGAGGCUUCAAAAAACGCUAGCCAGGGUCAAGUUGGACGUGAAUGACACCAUGUCGCAAGUCCUCUCAUGGACAGAACUUGCCGAUGUCUUUGUGGAGCUCUUCAGGCAGUAUGCUUCAGAUUGGCUGGAUAGCUGCUGGUCAGACGACCAAUUUGAUUGGCAACGUUACGACGACGUUAUCAGGGCUAUUGAGGAUGCGCAAAUCAUGGUGGUGCAGGCAAUUCUCUCGAUUCUCCACGUCUCGUCGCCGGUAAGAAAAAUUGAUCGCCCGGAUGACUUGAAGGGACCCGCUCAACUAGGACAUGACUAUGCCGUUGGGUUGUUUAUUGACACGCUUGCAAAGUCGAUUGUUCACACUGCGAAAACCCAUAUUGGACAGUCCUUGCAGGAGAACUAUCGACUACAGCGUAAUGGCAUCCUCCGUGCUCGUGACCGGACAAAACAAGCAUUGGAGGGUCUAUCCUCGCGUCUGCGAGAGCUUGCUGCCACCCGCGCCAUGUCAGCGCCAGAAUAUGAAGAUGGUACAAAUUGGAGUGAUAUCAGUGUCAGUCCUGAAUCUGAGCAUGAGAGUUUCGGACGGACAACCUCGAUGUCAGCUCUCAGUGAUGAGAGCGUGCCCGUCACGGAUGAGACCACUUCGCAGUCUCGAGCUAGUCCUGCUUUCAGCGAAGAGAGCAACGGGACUACGAAACCGGGAGUUACUGUAGCUAUGCUGCGAGCUCUUGCUCAGGGUGUCCUUAAGGCGAAGACAUGAAUGGCCGCUAUUAUGAUUUAGCUGCUAUCGUAGCGGCAUAUCAUUAUUUAAUCUGUAGUUGCGGAUCAUAGUUACUUACAUUAUUAGUUCCAUUCUCAAUCACAUCUUACAAGGAAUUGCC